AUGUCUUUACAAAAAGAAUUAUUCAAUUAUGUUUUUAAAAAUAUUGUUACACAAAGACCAAUAUUCAAUUAUGUAAAAUGGAUUCAUCAAAAAUUAAAUUUAGAAUCAAUUGAUUGGGAGUCUCUUAAAAUGAAACCUCUUCUUUUGAUCAAAUCUUUUGAAUACUUGGAUAAGAAAUAUAUAUUCACAAAAUCAGAAUACUAUAGUGCUUUGGAAGUGGUUGGAGUAAAUGGUGGAGUUGAAUGUUUUGAGUGGUUGGUAUCAAAAGUCAACGACAAUCAAGAUGAUAUCUACAAAAUGGUAGCAAAUCUUUCUGCUUAUCACGGACAAAUUGAAAUCUCCAAAUGCAGUAUUAGAGGGUCAAUAUUUUUUAAAGUUAUCAUUGGUCCAGAUCAAAUAUCUCUCAAUAGACUUGUUUCUGAUCUUUCUUUAGAAGAGUUACGAUUCUACCUUAAAUUAACCGAAUCACCUAACAAACCAAGUUCAAAUUAUUAUAAAUUAUAUCUAAUAACAAAUUUUGUUAAAAACUUUUAUCCUUCAAAUCAAUUUAAGAUUCAAAAAAUAUCGUUAGUUCACUGGAUUCAUCAAUAUUUGGAGGAGGAAGAUUUAAAGAGUAAAAAGACAGCGAGAUAUUAUUUUAAUUUCCGUAGAGUGUUUAUUUACAAUUGGAAAAGGUUGAUUGUAUCACCCAAAAUCUUGGUAGAGUACAACUAUUUGGAUUUAUUGAAGGAAUUUGUUUCGACACUAUAUCCACUUGGAAAUCUAAAUGACUCUGCAAACAAGACCAAGAAGAUCAAGAUGCUCGAUGCCGUAAAGACAUCGAUCGAAAAUGGCAAUAUUGGAAUAUUUAAAUAUCUUUUGGAAACCAUUUGUAAGCCACAUGGAAUCUACCGAUUUGACUGUUACGAUUUUUUGUAUUUGGCAGCCAAGAAUGGAAAGUUGGAGAUUGUCAAGUAUUUGGAUAAGGUUCAUCAGAAUUGGGAUUACUAUAAUGCCUUUAUUGCUGCACCAGAGGGAGACAGUAUCGAACUUUUAGAGUAUCUGGAUUAUUGUGAACGUCAUAAGAACUACCAUGGUCCGAGAGACGAUCGUGCCUAUCAUUAUAGUAGUGUUGAAAAUGCUGCAUACUAUGGAAAAUUAGAAAUGAUAAAGUGGCUAUUGGCAAACCGUCCUAAUGACAGAAAAGAAAGAAUGAUAAUCAACAGUGUUUACAGUGGAAAGGUAGAGGUGGUCAAAUAUUUGUUUGAAAUUGGCGAGUCAUAUAAUGGAAUUACUGGACUGAUUGAUACUGCUUGUUUAAGUGGAAACCUAGACGUUGUGAAAUACCUCCAUGAAAACACAACAAGCGGAUGUUCAUAUAUUGCGAUGGAUAAUGCUGCCAAUUUUAGCUUGGAAACAGUCCAAUGGCUUCACCAAAAUAGAUCGGAAGGAUGUUCGGUCGCUGCAAUGAAUCACGCUGCCAAAGCGAAUCGAAUCGACAUUGUUGACUGGCUUCAUAAGAAUAGAUCGGAAGGUUGUACUGAACUUGCGAUGAACGGUGCCCCAACCUUAGAGAUGGUAAAGUGGUUGCAUGAAAAUCGAACGGAAGGAUGUACAUCGGAUGCAGUUGAUAAUUCGGCAUGGUAUGGAAGAUUAGAUAUUAUUAAAUUCCUUAUCACCCAAAGAGGUAUGGUUUCAACCGUUUCUGCUAUGGAUGGUGCUGCGUCUAAUGGUUUCGUUGAAGUCCUAGAGUAUCUUAAAGAAAACCAAACAGCAGGAUGUUCAGAGAAAGCAUUAUCCAAUGCAAUCAAAAUGGAAUCUGUAAAUUCGAUCGAAUGGCUACUAAAGAACUAUCCAGAGAAAUUCAACAUUCAAAAUGCAAUAGAACUAGCAGAAUCAUCUAAAUCUGAAAAGUCAUUAUCUAAAUUAAAAGAAUUAUGUAUUAAAAAAAUUAAAUAA